CUCAAGUGGGUAUUUGUUAUGAUCCUCCUCGUGCGAGAGCUUCCAUCGUAUUGGAUUCAUGUGUCUCAUUAUCUGAAUUAGUUGCAAUGAUAUGUGUUAAGAUAAGAAUAGAUUCAAACCAACACUUCAUCGAAAUAUCUUGGAGGCAUUGUUUCUUGGGUACCGGUACGAGUUAUGUAUGUACUGCGGUUGACAGUGAUCAAAGUGUGUUUUAUAUGUUCAAUGCGGCUCUAAAUUCUACUCGACAUAUUAAAUUAUUUGUUGAGUAUUCGUAUGUUGGAAAUGCCUUCAUCCCACCAAUUGUUGAUCAUGGUGUUGGAUCAUCUACGAGGUUUGAACCUUUGAGCAUGGAUUGCGGUAUGAAUGAGCAAACAGAUGUUGCAGAUGCUGCUGAUGUUGGAUUGAAUACUCAAGAGAAUGUAGAAGAGCAUGAUGAUGUUCAUGUUGUACGAAGAGACCUUGAUGAUCCAGAAUUGUCGUCAUCCUCGUCUGAUGAGAUUUUAAGUGAUGAUUCUGGUGCUGACUCUAGUGAUGAGGAGGUAGUGUAUAAACCCGUCGUGCAAGGUGAACAACCACUUCCAGAAUACGUUCACACCGGGUUGAAAUAUUUUCGCAGACUGCCUAGUGGUCCUUCUGAGGUACCUGAAGUUGGUAAUGAACGCAGUACCAUGUACUGGGAUGAAGAACACCCAUAUCGGAUUAAUGCGGGAACAAAAUUUGAUAGCAAACUGCAUGUGAAGACUGCUAUUACUAUGUGGAGUUUGAGGCAACACCGGCAAUUUAGGGUGACUUUUCAAUAG